AUGCCAAAUGCAACGUCAUCUCCAGUUCUAUCGAAAACUGGAUCUAGCCUGCUUAGAAUACGUACGCAGAUACGGCAGGCAAAAGCAGCGGAAGCUCAAGAAACUCUCAAAGCCACGUCUGAGGCUGAGGAAACAGGUGAAUCUGAUGUUGACAGUGGCGAGACCAAUAUCUCUCUCGACGCCUCCACAAGGUCGAUUGGUGGCAGCCAUAUGCUGCUAAAUGAGUUACCCAGACAUGCAAAUGAAAUCUUACAAAGAGCCAAAUCAGACUUAGAAAAGCCGGGCAACUUAAAGAAGGAAAUUCGCGAGAAUGUAGUUGCGGGUCUGCACACACUGUACGAAAUGAUCCUUAAGUUGUCUGACUCACGCAUGCUACACAUGCUCGAAUCCAGUAAGCAUAAUGCGAAUGUCUACAGAGAAUCAGAACGGCUCACCCAAAGACAUGCCCGAUUCAUGCAUGAAACUCUAGGUCAGUAUGCCACAUUGAAAGAGAGCAUAGAGAAGCUCCACAAGGAAACUGAGUCAACCAGACUUAUUGUCUCAUACGAUCUUUGUGAGGCAGUUUCAGCAACGAAGAGAGAAAUAACAAAUUUCAGAAACGAAAUAAAGCUUAGGCUCAAACUUGGCAAGUCAGAUGCAUAUUAUCUCGGAAGAGGUAAAGUUACUUCGAGACAAUAUGAGCUGCGAGAAAUAUUUCCGAAGCCAUCAGAAAAGACCUGUGUAAUGAACUGCACAAGAAUAACAUAA